AUGGCGGCGGCGACGUCCCAUCUGGAUCUGGACGGAGGCACGAAGCGGCGGCGACGGAAGGACAGGGAAGUAGAAGCAUGCGCGGAGGCAGCAGAGGACCGCAUCUCAGAGCUGCCCGAGGUGCUGCGGCUGCACAUCCUCUGCCUGCUCCCGCUCAAAUCCGCCAUCCGCACGGGCGCGCUCUCCACCCAGUGGCGCUUCCUCUGGACGCGCCGCUGGCCGCGGCGGCGAAAGGAGAAGGAAGUAGAAGCAGGCGCGGAGGCGGCAGAGGACCGCAUCUCGGAGCUGCCGGAGGCGCUGCGGCUGCACAUCCUCUGCCUGCUCCCGCUCAAAUCCGCCAUCCGCACGGGCGCGCUCUCCACCAAGUGGCACUUCCUCUGGACGCACCGCUGGCCGGGCAAGCACUUCCGCCGCUGCCUCGACUACGCGGUCGCCUGCGCCAUCGAGGACCUGUACGUCCACCUCGCAAACCGCGCCUUCAACAUCUUCUUCGAGUACCGGCUCCCGCUGGGCGACCCCCACCUCGCGCGCAUCUCGCUCCGCGCCAUGACCGUCGACCUCCCCGGGUCCUUCUCCGCCCACUCCCACCCCUUCUCCGCCCACGAGUCUUUCCUAAUAAUCAAUAUACUCAACAUCAUCCACCUCCACUGCGUCCGCAUCUCCGGCCGCACAGUCAACCGCCUGGUCGCCGCGUGCCCCCUCGGCCACACCCUCGAUCUGCGCUACUGCGAAAGCCUCUUCUCCGUCAGCGUCGCGGCGGCCGGGGCACACCUGAGGAGCCUCACAUCUGCAGAAUGUGGUUCGGAAGCCGAAGUUUUUUUUGCCGACGAUGCGUCCGGCCUGCGUUCAUUCCACUACAGCGGCGCCUACAUUCCCGCCUACAGCAUCCCGGCCACCGCCAAUCUUGCUGACCUUUACAUCUGCUUCGGAGGACCUAACCGCCGGAGGCACUUGUCAGGACCUUAUUGCCAGCUGCGCACAAACUGGCUUCAACUGCUAACCAAUUUGUCCAACCUCACUGUGCUUACCCUCUGCAGCAGUGCCCUACGGAGACUGUCUGCCAAGGCUCGUGCCCGAUUAGUUGCCACAAGCGCUGCACCAUGCAAAUUGCUGAAUUUGAGAGAGCUUCAGCUACUGAUGUUCGCAAUGGAGAUCGACAACAUAAACGACAUUUACACUUUCCUUGUGGCCUGCUGUGGCCCUCGAUUGGAGAGGUUAUUUGUGCAGCUUCCGACAAGUAGUUGUCAAUAUAGGCCAGAGGAUGAACCAUCAGGAUCAGAAUCUGAGGAAAAUGAGUCAGUGGAAGAGCUAUCAGAGCAAGAGGCAGCGGAGGAAGAUGAGCUGGAUGAAGACUUGUCAGAAGGAGAAACUCUGGAGAAAGAUGGGCUAGAGGAAGAGUUGUCAGAGCGAGAUGCCCUGGAGGAAGAUGAGCUAGAGGAAGAGCCGUCAGAGGGAAUUGAACUCGAGGAAGAGCUGUCAGAGGGAGAGCCACCUGAAGAAAAUCAACCACCUGAAGAGAUAUCUGAUGGAGGGCAAUCUGAGGAAGAGACACUAGAGGAUGGCGAUGGCUUUGAGAACCUUCUGUUGGUCAACAUGAUGAAUUUCAUGGGGCGCCACCAUGAGAUGCAGCUAGUAAGCCUUUUCUUGAAGAAGUCUACUAGUCUCAACCAACUGAUACUGUUUACUCCCAAGAUUAAUCACCCAGAAUGGCUUCAGAAAGAUCAUAUGAAUCCUUCACAUAUUCUUGAAAGAAAACUAUCGCCUCUCAGAAAGGCCUCACCAAAUGUUCAGAUAGUACUCAGUGAGCCUGAUGAUAGUGCAAUCCAGCCGUUGCACGAGGCUUUUGUCAAGGUUUGAUGAUUUGUUUGUUCUGGAGUUAUGACCAGAUAAUGCGAAAUAUCGGAAACUAGCAACUGUUCGGCAAGACAAAGAACAAGCUAAUCUGCAAGGUAGGCAUGAAUCUGUGUUCUGGAGUACGUCGUCUGGGCCUUAUAUUUUGCAGCUUAACUCCUUAAUAAGACUUAUAAAAAUUAUCAUGAUUACCCAGUGUCUACACUGGC